UGGGCGCUGCAGGGAUUGGUCCUGGCCGCCCCACCCAGGCUCGGAUUGGUCCAGGGUGAGGCCCGCUAGCCUGCCCACGUGGACCUUCGGGACAACAGUGGGGAGAGUGUCCGGCCAUGGCUGGGGUCCGCAAGCUGGACUUGGAGGAGUCCCUGGAGCUGGGACCUAACUGGCGGCACGCGUGCCACGCGCUGCUCUACGCGCCGGACCCCGGGCUGCUCUUCGGCCGCAUCCCGCUGCGUUACGCCGUCCUGGUGAGGAGGGAGCGCGGCCGACCUCUCCCCGCCCUGGCAAUCCCCGCUCCCUUUUCCCGCAGAUGCAGAUGCGCUUCAGAGCUGGGCGAGGAGCUGGGCGACGCUGCGGCCGCCUUCCGCGUGGAGCGCGCCGACCACCGUAGCUCGCGUACAGUGUCCGAUCGGCACGUCGUCACCCACUUCUAUGUCAAGCGUCUGACGCUGGAGCAGCUGGCUGCAGUGGAGAUUGGCGCACCGCACGCCAAGGACCACGGGCUGGAGGUGCUGGGCCUGGUGCGGGUGCCCCUGUAUACCCUGCGGGAUGGUGUGGGAGGCCUGCCUGCCUUCCUGGAGAAUACCUUUAUUGGAACUGCACGGGAGCAGCUGCUGGAAGCCCUCCAGGACUUGGGACUGCUGAAAUCUGGCUCUGUCUUGAGGCUUUAAGAUCUCAGCUCUCCACUAGAGGAUCCCUCCAAGGACCCAUGGGACCUGAGCUCAGGACCUUUGUAUUUGGGAGGGAGGGAGGGCAAAGGGAAUGUUUUCUCUGCUGGGCCUGGCCCUGAUAAGUGGUAGCAGAUUAAAAGGAGAAGUAUGUGCAAUAUGUUCCGAGCAGAGGGGCCCCAGCAACUCAUGGCAUCAGGGGCAAAAAUCUGCAGCUCAUCUCAGGGGUCCUGGCAAAUUCUCAGAGCCCGCUUUCUCCCCCCUACAUUUGCAUACACGCAGCCUGGCAAGCCCCAGACAUGUGAAUGUACAUUCUCUGCCCAUAUACAAGCUGACGCCUCCCUGACCUCCAAAGUUUACUCUAACCAGGAAGUGGCAUAUGUGGGACCUACCUUGUCACCAUACCCAUCUCCUUGCUGGGGAGGAGAUUCUCAACCAGGAGAGGGUCUUUUCCCAUACCUCCUAUAUGGCUGUUCUCCAGGGUCUAGCCCAGCCCAGUCUUGUUGGGGAGGACAGAGAAACAAAAAAAUCCUUUUUCCCCUCUGAAAGUGGUUGCAUCCUUGCUUGAGAAUUGCCCAAAGCACUACACCCCUGAAAGGUGGUAGAGGGUCCUAACCAACCCCUUGCUGUCUUCAAAACUGAGCAAAAGGGGUGAGGAAAUGGCUUGGUCUCCCUGGACUGACCUUGGACUUGAGAAUUCUGAGUUCUGGUGCAUCUCCUCCAGGGCUCUCAUCUUUGGGACCUCGUAGAUUCUGGAGACAUUAGAAGAGAAUUGGCCCAGCCCUGGUCUAGCCCUGCUCUGAAAAAACGAGCCUCUCAGUAAAGAAGAGCUUAUAGCUGAGCUUCGUGGCCCUGCAAUCCUUUCAGCAAACAUUCUGAGGAGGUUUUAAAAACCUAGGGAUGAGUGAGCCAUCGGCCUUGUUCUCCUUGGCGUUGAGAAGCUUUUAGGGGCCAAAUGGUAAAUAUUUCAGGCUUUGUUGGGCCACCUGGUCUAGGUAGCAGCUAUUCAACUCUGCCAUGUCAAAAGUAGUAAUAGACAAUACACGAAUAAAUGAAUGUGGAUGUUUUCCAAUAAAACUAUUUUUAAAAGGAGAUGGCCAGCCUAUAGGCCAUAGGUUACCAACCCCUGCUCUAGUGAGGGAGAUAAGAUUAAUAAUUUUAAUUAUGAUGCCUAUUUACUUGUGUCAUUUAUGUCAGUGUUAAGGAAAUAAAGGAUUGAUAUAGGUCUCAC